AUGAUUCUCUCCCGCACUUCCAGCUCCAACUCUUCUACUUCUUCCACCUCUGCCACCGCGACCACUGCCGAAACCUUAACCUCCAAGAAGAGCCCGUCCACCCGCCCUCACCACCUCUCCACGGCGUCCCUCGUGAAGUUCAAGCCUCACCAGGAGUCGUACAGCAGCCACGUAACGCGCACUUGGACCACGUCUCACUCCGACACCAGAAGUCUUCUCCUGAGCGCAGCCUCCGACAUGAGCCUGAAGGAGCCAGAACCCACCAACAGCGUGUCCAUGGAGGAGGAGGUCCGGACGCUCUUCGUCAGUGGACUUCCUGUGGACAUUAAGCCGAGAGAGCUGUACCUUCUCUUCAGACCGUUCAAGACUGACGCAGAGUCGAGUCUUGCCUAA